UUUUGCUCUGACUUCUCAUCAUUUUACCAAUUUGUGUAUAUCAAGCCUUCACAGCAGCAAAUAUGGCCUCGCGUUUAUCCUGGCAAUCGCUUCGAGCCCGUCCAGCUCUAUUAUAUACUGUCGCAGUCGCAGGAAUCGGAGCUUACUACGGCACUCGGUCUUUUCUCCUGCCGACGGGACACGCCGAGUCUCCUGAGUCUCCCAAGGUCUUUGGCAGCUUCGGUUUUACGACAUUGCGGCUACAAGAUGUCAAGGUGGUGAAUCAUAACACUAAGCGUUUGGUGUUCGAGUUUCGCGACCAGGAUGCAAAGAGUGGCUUGUCAUUGACCACGGCCCUGCUUACAUGUUCAUGGCCCAAGGGGCAAUGGUUCCCCGUCCUACGUCCCUACACCCCGAUUAGCGAUCUAAACCAGACCGGCUCAGUGGAGUUAAUGGUUAAGCACUAUCCCAACGGAAAAGCUAGCAGCCAUCUACACUCUCUAGCACCCGGUGAUACGCUCACAUUCGCGACCGCCCUUAAGGGUUUCCCAUGGACACCCAACAAAUACUCCCAGAUCUACCUCAUCGCAGGCGGUGCCGGUAUCACGCCAAUCUACCAGCUUAUACAGGGUGUUCUCAACAAUCCAAAUGACCAAACAAGGAUCAAUCUCGUUUUCGGCGUCAAUACCGAGCAAGAUUUGUUACUCCGUGAUGAGCUGGAGCAGUACAAAAAGAGGUUCCCUGGGCGCUUCAACUACAUUUACACCGUGAGCCACCCAAAGGAGGAAGGCUCGUCUUUGCGGAAGGGUUAUGUCACUGAGGACCUUUUGCGAGAUGUGAUGCGUGGUGCGGAUCCGGACACACACGUCUUUGUCUGUGGGCCUCCUGGGAUGGAAAGUGCUUUGGUCGGCUCGAGGAGGAGUCCUGGGGUCUUGGGUCGUUUGGGAUUUUCCCACGACCAGAUUUACAAGUUUUAGGGGGUUGUGCAUAGAUUUGCUUUCUGUAUUAUACUAGAUAUGUACAUACGCUUUGUCUGUAAAGGGUAUCUGGGUAUGGGGUAUCUUCGCUCACCAUUAUGUCCUAUAUUGGUCACCUUGAUCUUCUCGCUCACUUCAAUACAAAAGUUUGG